UUCAUCUCCGACCAGUCCAGAGUGAAGGAGGACAGAGAGGCAAGCCGUGAAAGCGAACAGAUGUGAACCGGACUACGAAAAGAGAACAAGCUGUAGUUACAGACGGACCUUUCAUUGCGCUAAUAUGUGGCAACCCGCGUCGGAGCGACUGCAGCACUUUCAGACCAUGCUGAAGACCAAGCUAAAUGUGCUGACACUGAGGAAGGAGCCGUUACCCACGGUGAUCUUUCACGAGCCUGAGGCCAUCGAGCUCUGCUCCACCACACCGCUCACAAAGGGCAGGACCCAUGCUGGAUACAAGGUGGCCUACCUGGGUAAGGUGACUAUCUCUGGGACCCAGUUCCUGUCUGGCUGCACAGAGUCAGCAGUGGUGGGUCUGGUGGAGCGUCGUGCCCUCGCCCAGCAGCAGGGCACCUGCCCCGAAGGCAACUCACUGCUGGAGAUCCGACCCUUUCAGGUGCGUCUUCAUCACCUGGAUGAGCACGGCGAGGCCUCAGUAACCAUGGACACCUACCAGGUGGCGCGGAUCGCCUAUUGCACAGCCGACCACAGCAUCAGACCCAACGUAUUUGCCUGGAUCUACCGGGAGAUCAACGACGACCUGUCCUUCCAGAUGGACUGUCACGCCGUGGAGUGCGAGAGCAAGCUGGAGGCCAAGAAGCUGGCGCACUCGAUGAUGGAGGCUUUCCGCAAGACUUUCCACAGCAUGCGCAGCGAUGGCCGCAUCCACAAGAGCGGCUCAUCAGACGACUUUGCUGAGGACUCAUCCACCCCUGAAGACUCGACCCCAGAUGACGGUUGAACUGAAACUCACUUAAACUCCUGAUCCCCCAUCCUGACAAAGCUAGGGGUCACUGGAAGGAUGGACAGAUUACCUGCUCUCUCAUUCUCCCCUUACUAUCUCUUUCUGUUAUCAAUUUGGAACAAAAUUAACUGACCCUGUGAACCAACACGCCCAGGAUAAUGAAGUAGCUUUUAAAUACUGUAAAGGGAAGGUAGAUGGAGUUACAAAAGACCUACAUUUACAUACAGAGAUAGCAAAGUGCUGCCACAUUGAAUAAAAAGCCCUCAAAGACCCACAGGGGGCUUUCAGGCACCUCUGUAAGCGCCCUCAAGAGAUUGACUCGACAUCUCCACCUCCAUUUUCAACCACUGUCACUCCUGCACUCAGCAGAGACACUGCUUGUGGUUCUUAAUCUUUUCCACCCAGGAAACAAAGUUUAGUCCCAGUUCUUUUUACCCCAGCUCAUGACAACCUUUCGCUAUUCUUGCCAUGUAGGGACUCGGCAGAAAUAGGCCUGUGACCUAUUUCGGGUCCCAACCCAGAGUUUAUGAGACUGUUGGAGCACAUAAAUUCUUUAAAUGUUUGAUUUUGUGGAUCUCUGUUACAAUGCCUUUUGACCUUGGUAAUAGCAAAUAGGGAUGUGAAAGAAAAGAUAAGCCUUUAAGCACUAUUCAUAUCAUCACUAUGGUACCUUAGUCCAACCCUGAAAUAAUUCGUCGGCAUGGCUGUUACUCAUGUGGACGAUGGAGCCGGAGCUUGUACCGCUGUCUCCAUUUUAUAGGUACUUAAAGAUACAGAGUAUGCUUACAGCACCUGGGAGAGUAUAGGUGCUACAUAGAUGUUACAUUUUAGAAGUUCUCACCGGGCUGAAAGCCUGGGCCUGUCUGCGACACCUUAAUCAUUCACUUCUGUUUUGAGUAUACCAAAAUUCAGGCUGGAUUUUGCCUGUCAGAUUAUGUGCCUCACUUUCCUCUCACAUUAGUUUGGUCUCUUACCCAGGUCCCUGUGUGUGUGUGUGUGGUCAUGUGUGCGUGCUGACGUUUUUCGUUUGUGUGUAGGUGUAAUUGCUUACUUCUGUACUUUGUGUAUAUGAAUGUACACAUGAGUGCUUGCAUCUGUGUGCGUGUGAAAGAGAGAAGGUAAGGGAGGAUUGGGGGGGGUAUUGAAUGAUUAGCUGGAAGUGAAGACUUCUCAUUGCCCCGAAAGCAUCCAUUUUUGAUGCUUAAGGAGGCGUUUUAAAAUCAAGACAUGGUACUGUGACCAUUUGCCACGUUUUCUUAUUUUCGUUCGCGUAUGAAAUUAGAACAUGAGAGUCUGAAUGUGCUAGUCACUGAGGUUGCAGGACCCUGAAAACACAGCCGUCCAAGAUAACGACUGACACCUCCUGGCCUCUGCUGAAUGUAUGAUGAGUCCAACGUGUUGUGAGCACCUCACGCCAUCUCCGCUCACUUCAGUCUCCCAUAAUCUCCUCAUGCUAUCACAGACAAGCUGUAAGGGACAGGGACAGCACCAUUGUGGGGAAAAACUCACCAGAGCUCCACUUCCUCUUCCUCUUCUUUUCUAACUGGACUGUAUCAAACAGACCGGACGCUACCAGUGGAAAUAGUCUUUGGUCAGUGACUCAAACAGAUCAGGUGGCUCUGGUCAACACACACACACACAAAUAUACAACAUACAAUUAUACAUAUGUACACACACAUUGUAUUUGAAUCUUGCUCAAUAAGCUUAUGUAAAUACAAAUGUAUCACUUUCCAAAUAUUACAGCAUACAUGUUGAUAGCUAUUUUAAAUAAAAAACAAAAUGUUGAGAACCAUCAUACGAUACAGAAACAGUGUUAUAAAGCCUACUGUGAAAAAUAAGUGGAGAGCCUGAUGGCGGUGUGUGUGUGCGCGUGUGUGCGUGUGUAUGUGUGUGUGUGUGUGAGUGUGUGUGCAUGUGUGUGUGUGUGUGUUAUUGAAAGGAGUUGUAUGUGGUUGGAAGCGUGAGGAGUGUGUAUGGACAGGCCAGAAGGGGGGGAGAAUGUUUAUAAAGCUGUAGAUUACUGUGUCAUGUCUGUCUGAACGCUCAGACGCGCUUUAAAUGUUUGAAAAGUGUUACCUUAAGUGUUUUCUAUACAGUGUUUGCAAAGAUCAAGAAACAAAUUGCAUAUAAAGUAUUUACCAAGA